AUGCCUUCGUCCCAGUCUCAGUCCCCCAGGAGGGGCCGUCCGAUGCCAUCAAUCGCGCAGAGCACCGAAUCUGCAUCGUCGAAUCCCAAAAAGGAGAGAGGCGUAGCCAGUGAGCGAUCGCCCCUGCUCUCGCCCAACAGCGAUGAUGAUGGUUACUUUGACCAUCACGUGGUACUGGCAGAGCAGGAAGACACACAGCAAACCAAGAGCGUGUGGUACCUGAUUCUCCUGACGAUUAGUAUCGGUGGUCUGCAAAUCGCCUGGUCUGUCGAGUUGUCCAAUGGAUCUCCCUAUUUGCUGUCCCUUGGGUUGAGCAAGUCGUUGAUGGCCCUGGUGUGGAUUGCUGGCCCGCUGACCGGCACCUUGGUUCAGCCCUAUGUCGGCAUGUUGAGCGAUAAUUGUCGACUCCCGUGGGGUAAGCGGAAACCUUUCAUGGUCGGCGGGGCUAUCGCGACCAUCAUCUCUCUCAUGUUCCUGGCAUGGACCAGGGAGAUUGUGGGUGGCAUCAUGAGUCUUUUUGGCGCCGAAGUUGAGUCUGUCGCCGUCAAAAACGCCAUCAUUUGUGUGGCCGUGGUUGGCAUCUACGUCCUCGACUUCGCCAUCAACACCGUACAGGCCGCAAUCCGGGCCUUCAUUGUGGAUUGUGCUCCGGCCCAUCAGCAAGAGGCAGCCAACGCCAUGGCGAGCCGCAUCACCGGCUUCGGAAAUAUAGUCGGCUACAUUGCCGGCUACAUCAACCUCCCGACAUACCUUUGGUUCUUCGGCGACAGUCAAUUCAAGGUGCUUUGCGCCAUCGCCAGUAUUGCUCUUGCGGCAACUAUUGCAGUGAGCACCACACUGAUUAAGGAACGCAACCCUCAACUUGAAGGCCCGCCGGCUCAGGGCAGGCCCGGUGUAUUUUCCUUCUUCGGCAAGAUUUUUACCUCAAUCAAGCGUCUACCACCUCAGAUCAGGAAAGUCUGCCAAGUCCAACUGUGCGCGUGGGUUGGCCUUUUCCCGCUUCUCUUCUACACCUCCUCGUACAUUGGUGAGAUUUACGUCGAGCCGUACUUGGAGGCCAAUCCCAAUAUGACCCCGGAGGAGCUUGACCGACUGUACGAGCAAGCAACUCGGGUUGGAACCUUUGCGCUGCUCAUCAAUUCAGUGGUCAGCCUGCUCACGAACGUCUUCCUCCCUUUUUUCGUCGCGCCUACCUACGACAGCCAGCCACUCGGUGACCUCCCAGGAGACAGCGACAGUGGAGAGUUUGGCGAUGAGAAGGCGUCCUGGCUGGAUCGUCUGCAAAUCCCCGGCUUCACCCUCAAGCGGGCUUGGUUCGCAUCCAUGAUUCUAUUCUCGGGCGCCAUGUUCUGCACCGUUAUUGUUCGCACGGUGGAAGCGGCUACAGCCUUGAUCGGUCUGGUUGGAAUUACCUGGGCAAUGACACUUUGGGCACCUUGGGCGAUUAUCAGCGCCGAGAUCAGCCGGAGAGAUGCAAAGAUACGCCAGGCAAAGCAACGGCAGUUCAGUCCCAGUAGAGGGGGCGAAGGGCAGGCGUCGCCCUCCACCAUUGACUCCGCUGCCGACUCGGAACAGACCGACUUGAGCGACAGCGAGGAGACGGACCAGGCCGGUGUCAUCUUGGGCAUCCACAACAUGGCCAUCGCUGCGCCUCAAAUCAUUGCCACGGUCGGAUCGAGCAUCAUCUUUAGAAUUUGGCAGAAGCCUCGCGGCACUCCAGGCGAUCACUCCAUUGCUAUCGUGCUGGCCCUUGGCGGUAUCGCCGUGCUGGUGUCUUCGUUCUUUAUUGCCAGCAUCAAGGAAAGCGCUUCCUUGCCAGCAGACGCCAUGGUAGCGGCAGAGGAGGGCGACAACGCUGCCCCUGGAAGUCGUCCCAGCACGGCUCGCAGCCGCAAUAAGAGUUACGAGCAUCUCCCGCGAGCCAGUAUCAAGCGUGCGACCCUUACGAGGAACAAGAGUUUUGGUGGUGCCGAGUAUUAA